AUGGCCAAUCUGGAGAAAUCGGUUCCUCCAGUCGUCACCUCUCCAUACCCCCCUCCUGAUCAUACAAGACUUCGAACUCCAGACCAAAGUCCUAGCCCUCAAAGUCCUUCUCAAAAGGAAUUCUAUUCCUCCGUCGACCACUCUCCCACAUCAACAAUCUCUCGAUCGGAAUCUGAUCAUGAUGAACGGGCACUUACCUUAACCAUCACUCAAGCAUCAAGACAAUCCGCCACAGGGACUGCGACCAGAGUCACGACUCGAGGCACGACGUUUACUUCAGAUCCUGCGUAUGAAGUCGAUUUUGAUGGGGAUGACCCUGGAGAUCCCCGAAACUGGUCGUUGUGGUACAAGUCCUUCUCCAUCUUCGCCAUAUCCUUUGGCACCUUGGUGGUGGUGAUGUAUUCGACGUCGUAUACAUCCGGCAUGUCAGCCAUGCAGGAAGAAUUUGGAGUCUCUUCAGAAUCGGUCGCGACUCUUGGUGUGACGACUUACCUGUUCGGUCUCGCGAUAGGCUCACUGAUACUCGCGCCCAUUGCUGAGACAUACGGUCGCCGUCCGGUCUACACAACAUGUAUGGCCAUGUUCACCAUUCUCGUUCUUCCGGCUACUCUUGCCCAUGAUAUGGUAAGUAUCAUUGUGGUGAGGUUCUUUGGGGCCAUCUUUGGCAGUGCGAUGAUCGCCAAUGCUCCCGGCACCAUUGCGGAUCUGGUGUCUGACGAAUAUCGCGCCACAGCCUUCUCGGUCUGGUGUAUUGGCCCCAUGAAUGGACCGGUCGUCGGACCUACAAUUGGCGGCUUCGUGACUGAAUACCUGGGCUGGCGAUGGACAAAUUGGAUUACCAUGAUUUGGGGAGGGACAUCAUUUAUUCUCCUCGUGCUCCAAAAGGAGACAUACGCGCCAGUCUUGUUACAACGGCGAGCCCAACGGUUACGCCGUGAGAACAAUGAUGAAAGAUACUGGAGCCGGUACGACGUUCGAGUCGGAUUCAUCGAGUUAAUGAAGAUCAAUCUGAGUCGUCCUUUUGUCAUGGCUGUCAAAGAACCCAUCUGCAUUUUCUGGAACGUCUACAUCUCGCUAAUAUACGGAAUUCUUUAUCUUUGUUUCGUCGCGUAUCCGAUCGUCUUCACCGAAAUGCGAGGCUGGUCCAUUGGUGUGAGUGGUCUCUCCUUUCUUGGAAUCGGUAUCGGGACCAUGAUCAUCAUAUGCAGCGCCUCGCCCGUUCGCAAAUUGAUCAAUUCCCACGAAGUCGAUAAAGAUGGCAACGUACCGCCCGAGGCAAUGAUGAGCAUCGUCUGUAUUGCCGCCAUUCUUAUCCCCAUCGGCGAGCUCUGGUUCGCUUGGACCUGCUAUCCGAUCAGCAUUCACUGGGCAUUACCCAUUGCAGCCGGUAUUCCGUUUGGUUUCGGUAAUGGUGCGGUCUUUAUCUACGCCGGCAACUACCUCACAUACAGCUAUGGAAUAUACGCCGCAAGUGCUAUGGCCGGCAACGCCGUCAUGCGGUCGCUCCUGGGCGGCACCCUCCCACUCGCCGGACCCGCUAUGUACCGAGCCAUCGGUCCCAAUUGGGCCGGAACCCUUCUUGGUCUGCUUGAGGUGCUUAUUAUCCCGAUUCCAUUCCUCUUCUACCGUUAUGGUGGCCGCAUUCGUGAAAAGUCGGCCAUGAUCCGUGAGAUGCGUGAGAAUGAGGAGCGGCAGGAGCGAAAGAGGAAAAAGGCGGAAGAGAGGUUGAGAGUCGCCGUCAUGAGUGGUGACGAAGAAGAGACGCAGGAAGCGAGGGUCGACCUCUGUCGUGCCCGAAGCCGUUUCGAUGAAGACGCUGGUGUCGAAUGGAAACGAACUCGAACAUGCUAG